AUGCACGGGUAUUGGUCCAUGUCGCCUACGCAUGCGUACUGCACACCCAAUACCCGCGCGCGUGGAGAGUUUCCCCCCCCCCCUUGCCUCCUCUCCGUCUCGCGUGGCUACGUGCUGCAAGAAGAAAAAAAACCCCGCGCCCCUGUGUGCUCAAAACGCACUCCAGCCCGCACGUCCAGUGCCAUCAACGACGCGCCGGCUCUCAAACGCGCUUCAUUUGAAGCCGAACGCGUUCGACGACCAUUCUGGACGUCAUCUGCAUGGUCGCCUGCGGGAGGAAUUCAACAACAACCGCCUUUGAGUCUGUUCACAUACCAUACCGCACCCCCGACCUCUGCACUCGCGCAGGAUGAGCCCUGUGCCAUUUCUGAGGCACGGGUCACUGACUGCGCCUCUCAACAUCAGCCGCACAUCCACGUCAUCGGUGCACCUACGUCUGAAACCCCUAUCUCUCUCUUACUCAUGUUCCCCAUCCAUGUCUUUUCUGAACGGUCAGUCCUCAACAUUUAUCACACGUAUUACCCACUGACGACCACAGCUGACGAUGGUACUGUUGUCCUGGCGCACUGGCCAAGUGACACCAAACCAUAUAUUGAACGACUAUAUCCCAACAUUAACUGCCCCUGGCUCGGGACAGAUGUCGCGACAGCACGGUCUGUUGUCCCAACAGACAUGGAUGACUUUGCAUCUUGGGCGACCAUACAAGACAACGUCAAUGCGAGUGACAGAUACCGCAGGAAGUGGCUACUCUACAGCGCAAAGAUCUCAAAUGACCUCGGAUCUGACAUGGCAGCACGUCGAGUGACACUUAAGAUCCACGGAUUUAUCAAGUCACUCAACAUUAGCACCUUUGGCGACUGGAAAGGACAGCCAGGGUCAGUCAACACCGCCAGUCAUUUUUUGAUCCUUAACUCGGGCAGCCACCGUGACGUAUGGGGAAUGACCACCGACCCCCUCAAUAACAUAGCGCAAUAUGCCACACGUGUCCUGCGUCAUCCAUUCAAUAGCACUUUCCCAAUUUUUGGUCGACAACUUCUGUUCCAGCACCGUGUAUUUGAUAAGAUCAACGACACCACGGUUGACGAUCACUCCACUGCAUAUACGAACUUUGGCGAGUUGGAUGAUCCAUUUAGUCUUCUACCCAAAAUCCCUCCUGGCUGGAGGCUAGCACCACAGGUGCACGUGCGGGCGGCAGGUCCCGGCGGUAAAAUCUCCGACCUGCCGUCUCCUGUACUCUCUCCUGGUGACUUUGUCGAGGUUCUUGCACAGAUUGACCUCGUGCUUGCUCCUAACAACCGAGGACGGCUUACGCUAAAGACUAGCCAAAGCUACAGAACACUCCCCCAGCCAUAUCCAAACGAGCUCUAUCGCCUCCUGCAUCACAUGCCCGAGAGGGCCACCGCGAUGAAAGGCAGCGGCUUUCCCCCAAUUUCAUACACUGAGACGGUCAAGGGCUAG